GGCAACCUGUAGCCAUAUGUCGCCCGUCUUUAACAGCAAAAUGUUGCUGCCCGUGUGUAUGUUUGGAAGUUCAAAUUUUGUAACAUUUUUAGCAAGAUUAUGUUGUUGAUUUAGUAUGAAAUAGCAGAAGGCAGUUAAAUUGGAUGUGCAGCUAUGAAUUUUUCACCAUUCGGAGGCCAUUUUCCUGCAGUUCACCAAUUUACAGCAGCAAAAUUUGGCAAUGAGCAAAUUCAGGCUGGCACUAUGCUGGUAACAAGCACAUCUGAUGGAACAAUCCAGUAUAUUCGGCCAGAGCACAGUGGUGCAAACUUCCUUCCACCAGGAGCAAACAACAACCCGGUCCAGGGAAUCCCAGUGUCCAUUGCCACAACGGCUGUGAAUAUUCCUGUUUCUGCAGCUUCUCGUGGCAUCACUACAGUCCAACAGCAUCAUGUUCAGCACCAGCAGCAACACCAGCAUCAGUUGGCAGCCAUGGUAAACCAGUCAGCAGGUGGCACGAAGUAUCACCACUCACAUGGAGCUUUACUUGGUUGGGGUGAGGUACCACUGAUGCAUCAUUUUAAUGACACAGGGAAAAACAUUACCACAAUAAAUGUCCCUUAUCCCAAUCCUUCUGUAAAUUCCGCAGCUAUCUUGGCUGUUCAGCCGACACAGACAUCUGGUGCUCCAUCUGUGGCACCAACAGUGUGGCCUGUGAGGUUGAUGCAAAAUGUGUCUACCAUGACUGUUGAGGCAGAGUUGCGGCCACAGGAUCUGUGCAAGGUAGGAGAGAACAUCAGGCCAAAGCCAGAAAUUUCCAAGCGAGAUAAAGACUCUGGAGAAAGUGAAGAUGACAGUGAUGACAGUUCAAAAUCAGACAUAGAAGGGCCGUCCUCCACAAGUGAGCCUGAGAAUCACCAUAAGCAGGGAGUCCAAGUACCAGUCAGCAUAGGUCACAUAACAAAUGGCAGUGGUCAGUUGGAGUGUCAUCAGAUCCAAUUGCAACAGCAAGGAUCUGCGAUGGCAGACUACCUUGCAAGGCUGCAACCUUCCUCGAUUCCGCUCACCUUUCAGCACUUCCUUAAGUAUCAGACAAACAAUGUUGCAGUGGCUGCAGUGUCAGAAAUCAAGAGAGAGGAAGAAAAUAUGCCUAUGGCAGUUCCAGGAAGCAUGGCUCCUGUCCAGGAGGACAUACCAGCCAUGUCACCCAAGAAAAAGAAAAAGAAGAAAUCUCCAAGAAAACCACGUCCUAAGCCUGGAGAAAUCCGCCUAUCAACUGCUUUGGAUGGUUCAACAUUGUUUUGCUGUCCUGAGUGUUACAUGGCAUAUCCUGAUAGGGAUAUGUUGGAACAGCAUCUAGCUGGACAUAAACAGGAGCGGCGUUUUGUUUGCAACGUCUGCGGGGCAGGUCUGAAACGUAAGGAGCAUCUCGACCAGCAUAAACGUGGCCACAGUGAUGAACGGCCAUUUGUGUGUACGGUAUGCAUGAAGGGAUUCAAACGAAAUGAGCACCUUACGCGACACUAUGUGAUCCAUUCAGGAAACAAGAGCCAUGCCUGCGUUGAGUGCGGCAAGGCGUUCUCUCGCAAGGAUCAUCUCCACAAGCAUGCCCAGACACACAUUGCCAAACGUGUGAAGGCAGAGUUAAGCCAAGCUGCUAGUCUUGAUAGAAAUACAAUCUCUACACCAGUCCCCACAACACCUACCUCCAUGACCAUUCCCCAUGUGAUCCAUCACCACCAGCAACCUCUGACUCACCCCUUGCACCUCCAUCACACCAUGUCCUGAUAGACACUCCUGCAUCAUCCUGCAGACAGUAUUUCCUCCCAUUUCUUCUGACUGGCUUGGCUUCGGGCAGUUACGUUUUAGUUAUGUGGCCAUAUCUGUAUUGCCAUUCAGCAUUAUUUUAAGAGCGUGUUGUAUUAGCUGUUCACUUGAGUGAAGGUGUGCCAUCGUACGUUUUCCAUAUUCUUUCAUUCUUACUAGAGAUGUUUGUGAUUGUUUGAAUCUUCCUUACUUUGUCUAUAGAAUGAAGAAUGUGUUAUGUCCAUUCACAUACAUGCCAGGCAUCAUAUUCAUAAAAUGACGUAAUGUUAAGUGUGUCAACACACACAGUAAAAUGUAAAUAUUAAAUCAUAUACCAAAUUCCACAGAACUUGCAUUCUUAUCAGGUCUUAACCUUUUUUCUGUUCUAAUAACAGAAAAGUAAAGUUAUCCCUGUAGUUUAUUACUCACCAUUCCAUGAUAACAUAUUGGGGAGUGGAGGCAUAGCCCCAUACGUUGUUAAAUGUGUUAAUACUUGUACAUGUAGGUGAGUGGUGAGCUACAUGCUCCCUGGACAAGGAUGGGUUCAGUAGCUGGUCUACAUGUGGUGGCAAAGAGAAAUCCUCACCUGCCAGGGAUCAGAAUUCGUUUGUUCAACCUGUAGACAUGUUUUUAAAUUGCAUGUGAAAAAUGACAUUUAAUUAGGGUUGCAUUAUUAUUAGUAUCUGAAAGUUGUCAUGGGCAAAAUUUAAUUUUUUCAGUAGUAAGAUUUUGCCCACACCUGCCUUGAGAUGUGUUAUUCGCCUCCAAGCCCAACCCAUUUCAUAUUCUCUUGGCGUAAAUUUGCAUCCUAACCAUGUAUGUUAUUUAAGAAUAGGGGAUUUAAACCCUAUAUUAUGUGGUUUAGCUGUAUGAAAUGCAUCACACAGAUGACAAAUUUAAAGUAUGGCAAAUCUUCUGUCAGGUGAGACAGAAAUUUGUGUUUGUAUAUAUAAUUAACGGAAUGUUAAUAUGUCACUAUUACUAAAUUUGUUGUGAAAAAUGGCCAGGUAAUGAAACGUAAGUGCUGAAAGCUUAGGCCGCUCUUGUACUCGGCAUGUCAGAAGGAAGGAGUUCGUCCUAUUUUUCUUAUGGUAUACCUUUUACCAGAAAACAUGGAGCAUAAACAUACGGGUUCCGAAACCUUAGACUUGUAUAGUGUCUUUAAAGGUCAGAUCAACUCUUGCACAGUGAUAGGGGUUGCUUCUGGUAACCUACCUCUUGCUAUAUUAUGCAAACUCAGGUGGUUUAUCCUUAUGCUAGGGUAGUAUAGAAAGCUAGUUUGCUUUGUGUUGUGUUCAUGUAGUUUUCCUUUGUAAAGCUUCCAUCCAUCCUCGUGUAUAUCCAUCAGUAAGGAUGAGAAGUGUUGAGAUGAGAAAUCAGCAUAGUCUGUCAUAUUUAAGUUAGUAGCAAGGGUUCAAAGAAGUCUUUUACAUGGCAAUAGUAUAGAUGCUGCUUUUGUAUAGACAUAGUAGAUUGUCAGUGAAUACAUAGAGGUUGUAAGAUGAACAUUCAGUAUUUGAUAAUUUAGGUAAGUGUGUUGAGAAGGCAUUGCCGAGUGAUAGAACCAUUAGUACAGAACAUUAUUAUUUUCUCCAGCCUUCAAGACAAAGAUUUGAAGAACAGGCCUUGUCCUUUCAUGUUCUUCCCAGUUCAUCAUUCACAUUAAUCCUGUCGUUAAGUGUUUUAUAAAUUAUGCCAUUGAGAAGGUGUUGUUAGAUGGUAUAAAAAAUUAUUUUGGAGAACUGUUACUUUGUGUACGGUGAUUUCUGGUUUGAAUCUCACUCUGUAGGGGCUUUUCAUUGUUUUUGUCUUGCCAGGCAAGUAUUGUAAUACUAUGUAAGAUUUGAGGUUUUCACAGCGGUGAGUAUGAA